AUGCCCGCAGGACCUCAGGUGUUCUUCUGCCUCGGGGUUGUGUUGGAGGUUGGCUCGAGGUACUUUAUUCUGGGCGGUUGCACUGUUCUGGAUGCGAGCCUGGCCAAAUUCCCGCUCGGCCACACCCCUCCCCUCCUCCGGCUCAGCAUCUCCGUGUCGCCGUCGUCGCCAGAAUUCUUCGACCCACCUGCCCUCGACGCCCGAACCCUACUUGUCGCGUCCGAGCCGUCUCUUAUCUCUGCGCAAAUCCACUUUCCCACCCCCAAGCUCAAGGCGAGGCAUCCAGGCCGAGAUGGCAUGAGCCUGGGCGCUAUACUGCGCAUCAUGAUGGCCGAACCCAGGUCAUAUCCUAAAGCCACGCCCUCUUCGGCUCGGCGAGGAUCGAUAGGGCUUUUGCUUCCACGUCGCCCCGUAUUCAUGGAAUGGGGCGACUUUCUCUGGUCGCCCAAACGCCAGCAGCCGCUGCAGGUAGCCAAAUAUGUCGGACUCCCCCAAUCUGCUCCCAAGGAUGUCGAUCAAGGUGUACAGUCACCCGACGGGGAAGAUCAAAUGAACGACAACCAGGACCCACAGAGCGGCGGGCUCACCUACGAGUUUGAAGUCAAGGAGCAGGAUAGAUGGUUGCCUAUAGCCAAUGUGGCCCGCAUUAUGAAAAACGCCCUUCCGGAUAACGCCAAGAUUGCAAAGGAAGCCAAAGAGUGCAUGCAAGAGUGCGUGAGCGAGUUCAUCUCUUUCAUCACUAGCGAAGCCUCCGAAAAAUGCCAUCAAGAGAAGCGGAAAACUGUCAACGGCGAGGAUAUCCUCUUCGCCAUGACCUCGCUUGGCUUCGAAAACUAUGCAGAAGCCCUUAAGAUCUACCUUGCCAAGUAUCGAGACUCCAACCGUACCGACAACCAGCAACGGCCUAACAGUCAAGGAUACGGCGCCAGUGGGUCAGGCCAGGGCGGAGCCGGCGCAUACCAAGGCGAGGGUGCUGGUGCUCUCCUCGGUGGCCAGCAAGGCGAAGGUCGUCCGCGGCUGGUGGAGGCGGAAGCAACAGAGCAGGUGAGCGGCCUCGACCGACUCAGGUUAGAAAAACAUACCUGCGCUCGUGAGAAGACUCACGAGGCCAUCAUUAUUGCCAACAAGGAGCAGAAGCAGAAACGAGAGCUCUCUAUCUUAUUCCGUCAGGAUGAGGAGUACCAGACCCUCAAGCAACACUUUUCUCUCGAUACCCGCCGCGCUAGCGACCACCUUGGCACCGAAGACGAUGACGAGCCUCCUAUCAGGCCCCACGAACUGACACAAUACGUCCUCGCCCUCGCUUCCUGUGCGCCGACCCUCAAGGAACGGCCGUUCCGAGAUCUUGUUCAGGCCGUCCUCAAGUGCGCCUGGGUUGGCCGCGACGACAGGUUUGUCCACGCCUACAUUGAAUUCCUGGCUGCUCUUGCCAGCAUCGGGUCUUAUCUUUCGGAGGCUCUUGGGCUCAUCUUCGACUACUUCUCUGAGACAAGGAAGUCUCGGUGGACCGUCCCAGGAUACCCCGAGGUCUCUAAAAGCGUCUGCGAUUUGGCAAAGAAUAAAUACCCCGUGUCCGAUGAUUACAGGCGGACUCAUGUCACAUAUGUCAGGCAUCUGCUCCGAAUCCGACAGUACGCGCCCGACGCCGGAACAAGUCUCUUGAAUCUCAUUGUUGAACAACUCGUCCAUAUCGACGUGAGCAUGCAAGCUGACCUCGACGACUUUGAUGACGACCUCGUGACGGCUGUUCACCGAGCGUUGGCGGAGGCCAAGGCAAAAGCUCUGCAAGACGAGGAUUCUGCCGACGAGAGCGAUGAAAGCGACGACGACGAUGAUGACGAAGAGCAUGAACAGCUGCAACGGAUCAAAACCGUCAAGAACCAUAUCGAAAUCUUGGACGCCGUCAUGGACAUUCUUUUCAAGUUUCACGACCCUUACUUUGCGAAUCCCACCUCAGAAACCGCCACCACUCAGUGCGGCAUCCUACUUUCUCAGUUUACAAACAUUCUUCUCCAAAUGCGCAAGUCCCGGCAUACCCAGUUUCUCCUCUUCCACUUCACUCAGAAAUCAGAUGCGCUUGCCAGCCAAUUCAUCGAUACCUGCGAGAAGGUUGCGUUUAGGAGUGCACCGUCCGUGUUGGGCGACUAUGCAGUCUCCUACUUGGCUAGCUUUCUCGCGCGAGGCGCGCACAUACCAUCUUUCCUCAUUCAGGCUGUCUUCCGUCGCCUACUCCAGACCCUAGACCGCCGGCGAGCCACCUACGAGCAGGCCUGCCAAGGGCCAAACAUUGAAAAGUAUUACUCGUACUACUCUCUAUUCCAAGCCAUACUCUACAUCUUCUGCUUCCGAUGGAAAGAUUUAGUUGUUUCGGCUCCCGAAACCGUUGAUGGCGAUGACCCACUGUCCUACAUUGGCCAGGAUCUGGACUGGGGUCAACAUACUCGGAGAAUCCUCAAGAACAAUGCCCACAGCAAGCUUAACCCCCUCAAAGUUUGCUCCCCUGGCAUAGUCGAGGAAUUCGCGAAGCUCGCGCACAAGCUCAAUCUUGUGUAUGUCUAUCCCAUCCUGGAAAUCAACAAGCGAGUGAGGCUCUCGCAAUACAUCAAGAGCUCCUACAGCACGGGUGGCAGGCUUCGCGAUAUCGGGAACGAGUCUGCCCGGGAUGACCACUCCCUCCAGCUCGAUUCCUUUUUCCCUUUUGAUCCCUACCAGCUCCCUAGCAGCAAGUUGUGGCUCGAGGGCGAUUACCUACCCUGGUCACCCAUUCGCGGCCUCAAUGAAGAUGAAGACGAUGGCUACGACAGUGAUGAUGAAGACGAUGAUCUGGAGAGCGUCGACGCCGAUUUGAUUGAUGACGAAACCGCCACGAGCGAAACUAUGGCCAAGGCGAAGAAGGCCAAGGGCGCAGAUUCCAAGGAAUCGAAAAAGGCUCGAACGGCCGAGAAGAAGCAAAAACAGGCGGCAAAAGGCGAGAAGAAGGCCAAGACAAAGGCCUCUAAGAUUGACGGUGACGAUGCUUCCGAUGUCGACCUUGACGAGAUCCUCAACGAGUAUAAGCGACAGCAAGAGCUAUACCUGAAGGUCACCGAGGCCGUGCAAGACGGACCGCCGAAGCCUCGGGCCCAUGCCACCCUCCUCGCGAACCCGAGCGAUACCAACACUUUGCUAUUAUUUGGCGGCGAAUAUUUCAACGGUACUCGGGCGGACUUCUUCAACGAUCUGCACAUCUACAAUAUCGCAAAGGACGAGUGGCGCUGCAUCACCUCGCCAAACACCCCGCUCCCACGAUCAGGGCAUGCUUGGUGUCGCGCAGGAAAUCCAAACUAUGUUUAUUUGUUCGGCGGCGAAUUCUCUUCGCCGAAGCAGGGCACGUUCCACCACUAUUCCGACUUUUGGAGGCUGGAGCCGGCAAACACUUCCAACCAGACCAAGUACCUAGCGGACCUCUGGAUUUUUGACACGCAACACUUUGUUUGGUACGCGCCUGUCCUGCCUUCGGCGCAGCUCAAGCCCGACGCACGCUCCUCCUUCACCCUCCUUCCUCAUGAGCAGGGCGCGGUGCUCUAUGGUGGCUACUCACGGGUCAAGACAACCGUCGUCGCGAACAAGCAAGCCAAGGGUUCGGCCAAGGGCCAGAGAAAUGUUGUGAAGCCAAUGGUGCACCAAGACUGCUUUUUCCUGCGCAUAUCCCUACCGGAAGAGAACAGCCCAGCCAAGACUCCGCCCCUUGUCCGGUGGGAAAGGCGUAAACGCCCAGCCAACGGCCCUAACCCGGUGCGAGCCGGUGCGACCAUGGCCUUCCACAAAGGCCGAGGAAUCAUGUUUGGAGGAGUGCACGAUGUCGAGAUGAGCGAGGAAGAUAUUGACAGCGAGUUCUUCAACGCCUUGUUCGCCUGGAACGUCGAACGCAACAGAUUCAUGCCGCUGACCCUACGCAAACCCCGAGUGCAGAAGAAGGCGGGCGCUUCUGAGCAGCGCGUAGGUAGAAGGGGGCGCGCCCAGGCCAAUGAAGAGGAGCUGCUCCGACAGUUGGCCGCUCUCGAGACGGGAAAAUCCCUGGAAGACCUUGAUUCGAUAGAAAUCGAAAAGAAUCCGGAAGAGGUGCCGGACGACGGAGGGGCCGCUGCUAAGGAGAUGCCCGUGACCAUGGAGCCCCCUCAUGCUCGGUUCAACGCACAGCUGGCCGUUCAGGACGAUAUCCUCUACAUAUAUGGUGGAACCUUUGAAAAGGGCGAUAGGGAAUUUACUUUUGACGAUCUCUACGCAAUCGACCUAGUCAAGCUCUCCGGAUGCAAGCAAAUAUUCUCCAUCGAGCACGAAGACUGGGUGGAGUCUGAGGACGAAGAUGAUGAUGAAGAUGGUGAAGAAGACGAGGAUGAUGAUGAAGAAGAUGAGGAUGGUGAUGUGGGCAUGGGCGAUGCAAAUGCCAACCCUCUGUUUACGCCUAGCAAGCGUGGUAAGAAACAAAAAGAUGUUGAGGGCGAGGCAACAGCAGAAGCGUCACCAGCCGCUGAGGCGGACUCGGCGGAUUGGGACGAGGCCGAAGGCAGUACCUCGAUUGACGACGGUCUGCCGCAUCCUAGGCCUUUCGAAUCACGACGGGAAUUCUUUGCGCGUACAUCAAACGAGUGGCAGGAAGUGCUCCUGGCGAGUCUUCAAGCAAAGGGUAAGCAGGUAGAAGAGCUCUCGGUCAAGGAGGUCAAGACAAAGGCAUUUGAGCUCUCGGAAGAGAAGUGGUGGGAUUGCCGAGAGGAGAUUACGGCGCUGGAGGAGGAGCAGGAGGCUGCUGGUAUCACAGAGGUUGUGUCUCUUACUGAGCGCGGUGAAGGGGCGGCCACAGAAGAAGUCUCCCAGGAAUCCGUAGUCCCUAGCCCCCAGUUCUCCAGGUUCCAGCCGUCGGUUCUCACGCCACCCUUGCCAGUCUCCAAGGCCAUACUUCCGCGCACGAUGACUCCGAGGACUCUCACCGCCAGCCGCGCUCUCCUCCGCGCAGGCUUCACCGCUCGCGGUUUCCAGACCUCAUCGAGGCUCUCGAACCAGGUUGCCGCAGCCCUUCCUGCCAGCAAGCCUGUCGGCGCGUUUCGCUCUGGAAUUCUCGGCUUCUUUGCAGGCACCACCCUUGCCGGCUUCGGCGCCUACAACUACGUGCGCCAGGAGUUCAAGACUGCCAACGACCUCCUCCUCGAGGACCUUUACGUGCGUUUCGCCAUAUAA